AUGUGUGGCAGUGUGUGGUUGGAGACAAACUAUAAUAUGUUCGUAGAUGAUUGGCGGAAGGAUGGCAUUCAGUGGUGUUCACGUGGUCGUCACGUUGCAUCGGUUAACCAACUUCCGGUAUUUGAAACAUUUUACUUUAUAUCAGAAGAUAGUUUGAAUGGGAAAAAAUCAAUUGAUGAAAAUUUAUCAAAAAAAGCAUAUGUUCUGAUAGCUAACCCGUUAAAAGUCCUUGUGCAAUAUAUGGAAAAUGUCUCAAAUGGAAUUAAACAAACAAAAUUAUCAACACCGCAAUCUGUGUUGAAUGUCAUUAAUCAAAUGGUGGAAAGAACAGAUCCUAAAAUAGUAUACGAUGAAUUAAUUGCUACAAAAACAGGUGUCCAAACGGUGAGAAACGCUAAACAAGUUGAAUACAGACGACGAAAAUAUUUGCAAAAAACACGAUUAAAUCAUGCUGAACUCUAUUCAACGUAUCGAAUUGGUCUUGCAAAUGAUAAUUUUGUACGAGAUUACACUAUUUGUCCCCUAUUAACAAUAAUAUGUGCCCAUAUAUUUCUGUUGAGUAGAAUUUUAGAACGCUUUCUGUUUACCAAGUUGACUCUGUCAAUCGAGUCCGUAAAAAGGACGUCUCUCUCUCUCUCUCUCUUACAAAGUCGACUUCGCGUAUAAGCAUGUUGUCCUUACAGACUCACUUUACAGACUCUAUUUUAUCAAUUCAACUUAGAAAGGAAUUUAAAAAGUCACUUUAUCUGUACUUGAAACUAAAUUCCUUUCCGAGUCGAGUUCCGAAGUGAGUCUGUAAAAACAACAUGCUUAUACGCGAAGUCGACUUUGUAAGAGAGAGAGAGAGAGACGUCCUUUUUACGGACUCGAUUGACAAGUCAACUUGGUAAAUAGAAAACGUUCUAAAAUUUUACUCAAUGAGCCAUAUUCACAUCCUGGUGACGGCGCUAUGUGUUGGCCGUCAAACGGCUUGAAAGCUGGCCGUAUGAUUGCAUGUAUUGUAUAGACAGAACGCAAGAAAACAGUAUCUAUAUGUAGCGACCUCAUCAGGAUGUGAAUAUGGCUCAUUGAAAUAUAUAACCUUUUUACCACGUCGACUUUGUGAAUUGAGGCUGUAAAUCGACUUUGUAAAGGGAAUUUGUUUCUCGAUAAACUCAGUUUAAAAACGUUCCUUUACCAAGUCAAUUUGCUGAAUAGACUCUGUAAAGAAAAAAAUUUUUUCAUGAUGAUUUAAUCGAAAAAUAUUUUUCUCCUCUACAGAUUCAACCCUGUAAAGAGAGAAUGAAAUUCAUUUUUAAAUUUCCGUUUUUACUUUAUUUUUUUUUCUUCAUUUGCUUACGUUGGUGGACAAUAAUAUAAUUGAAUUGUGAAUAUUUGUUUCCAACUGGUUCAAUUACAUCAAAUUCAAUAGAAGGAGUUAAUUAUGGUUUUAAACAGUUAACAAGUUAGAAAUCGAUCGCUGUCGAUCGUUUAACGCUUAUUCUCAAUUAUUUACAAUCAUUUUAUAUAAAUGAAGUGAGUCGUGAUUAUUGCCGUGCUGGUAAGUAUGAAAUCUGUUAACAAAGUCAAUUUUUGUUAACAUUAAUGUUUACUUAAGGAGAAUAUAAGUGAAGGAGUCUGAAUAUUCGAGUCUCAUCAAGAUGGCAUCAUCAUUAACGGAACUAGAAUCUUACGAUCCAAAGAAAGUUGUGCAAAAGGUUCGUAACAUAGAGUUGGAACAAGAGACGAAUGAUAUGAUACCACAACGAGAUCGUCCAAUAGAUCAAAUAGAAUUAUCAAGGAUAUUCAUCGAUAUCAAGGAAGUAGAAUUAACUGAAUCGGGUGAGCACUGUGUUUUUAAAAUCUUUAGAUAGAGAAGAAAUCUUGCCUCUUUCAGACGUAUUUGUGGUGAAACAAAAAAAUGGAAAGCGUUACAUAGCUGAAUGAUUGGCAGAAGGGCUUUACAAAUAUACAUGUGCGCAUUAUCAGAAAGACAAGAAGCAUGGUGAUUGUUGGCACAUCAUUGGUGUUAGAAGAAAACUAAACAUUACACUGAUUCAACCCACACAAACACUCACACUUUCAUCUGCUCGAAAAGGUCACAAUACUAAACUUGGUAUUAAAAAGACUGGAACAAAAUAGAGCACAAUCCUGGAUAAAGAAAAUGUGAGUGUCUUGCUUUUUUGCUCCAAAUUAUUUCUUUUUUUUUCUUCAGAUCGAUGAACCAAUAUAGAUAACAAUGAAAACACUGAAACCAAAAAAGACGAUUGUGAGAAAAGUAAGUUCCUACUAUCUAGUGCUUUCAGAGAUUUCAGGGAUUCUACUGAAUUUUAGCGCAAACGAUCAUCAAAAUCGUCGACAAAUAUUCCGAAUCGAGAUGCGGUGUCUCAGUUGCUGAAAGCAAGACUAUAUUUACAACCUUGAGUGUGAUUAUUCUUUACUUUCUCCUUACUCUAGCACGUAGCAUUAUCAAACAUGACAAAUCAGCAUCUACAAAAUAUUCCAGUCACAUGACUUCCUCAAGUUCAUCUUCCAUCUACAACAUCUUUAGCUCUCACUACACCAUCAACGUUAUCAGGAAUACCAUUCAAUAAAAUUCCAACAUCGCAAUUAGCUCAACUAUUCCAAUUUGCGCAACAAAAUUCGUCAGUUCAAAUUACAUUUGUUCAAUCCAAAUAUUAGACAUUUAACACUUCGUAUUUUUGCUUGUUAAAUAGUAAUUUUGUACAGAAAUGCUCUCGACAUUUGCAUCUCUUUAUUUACAUCUUUUUAUUUUUAUGAUCGUUUUUUACUAUGGCUUUCGU